CAGAAACGUAACUUUCCUGUUGCUUAUUCCGAUCCGACACUUGCAAGGUGUUGCAUGUGUUUCAUUUCGAGGGUUCACAACUGUAAAUGUAUGUAAAGAAAGCUUUACAAUUUCAAGUCUAAAGCAUGAGCACACUAUGGAUGGGAAACGUGAGUAUUGAACCAUUUCAGUCGACGUUUUUAACACUUCAGCUUGUAGCUAGCUAGGCUUAGCUUCCGCAUGUUUGCUAGCAUACUAGUUAGCCAGCUAGUAGCUACAUACAUGACGUUAAGUGGCUAGUUAGCUAACUGAUUUGGUUUAUUAGUGCUAAGCGAACUUGAUACAGAUGGAACAUUUUGACACCUAAUUGGUAGCUAAACACAGCCUUUAUGAUAUUUGCAGGUGACGUGUGGUAGCUAACUGUUGUCUAUGCUUUAGCUAACCUUAGCAUGUUAUGACAACGUUUGGCUGUGUUUGUUUUGGUAGUUAGAGCCCUACAUGGAUGAGAAGUUCAUAACCCGAGCCUUCGGCACCAUGGGGGAGUUGGUGGUGAGUGUGCGGAUUAUACGCAACAAGAUGACUGGGUGAGUAUUUUAGCUAACGUUAGGGCGUUUGACCUGAAAGUCUGAAAGUGUCGAACUAGUAACGUUAGCUACACUAGCCAUACCAAUCUGUAGCCAGGACAAACGUAUUUUCACGAUUUCACUAAUAUAAUCGAAAUCAAUCAAAUCAUAGCACGUUUUUGGCUCAUUAAGUAAUUUUUACCUGAUAAAGUAGAAUCCUGUUGGAAAAUAAUGUUAAAAGUACCGUUUAUACUGCUAAAACAUAACAUGCAUUGAAAAUGAUACUUUAGCAGCUUCCUGUUGUCAUGGCUUUUUGAGUUAUGACCGAGUGUCAAAACACUGAUUUUUAGAUGUACAAAGUCAUAAUCAGUAUGCUGAAAUAAAUUGUGAUAUUUUGAAGACCAAUACAUAAAUUACUCCCUACACACGUCACACUUGUGUUCAGAUUACUUGUAUUUUGCUAAAUGAGUACCUUCUAAACAGCACACCCACCAAUAUUUACGAAGUGGUCACUCAAGACUGGAAUUGAUUAGCUUGUUUUACUGUAAUCAAUAGCGCGUGCAAAUGAGUCACUCACAUCGAUAUUGUCUUGAAAUCAAUGGAACUGGGACAAUAACCGCAGCAACAUGUACCGUUUGCGCUCUUCUAGCGGUUAAGAGCGUUGGGCCAGUAACCGGAAGGUCUCCGGUUCGAAUCCCAGAGCCGACUAGGUUAACAGUCUCUGUGCCCUUGAGCAAGGCACUUAACCAUAAUUGUAAAUCUGCUGUAAGUUGCUCUGGAUAAGAGCGUCUGCUAAAUGACUCAAAUGUAAAUGUAAUGAACUUCGGUAUACUACAUGUAUCUGUUGAUAGAUUACAACCUGUAGUAGUCAUUUAUCAAUUUAUAUAUCUGAGGAAAUUAUUUAGGUAGAUGGCCAAUACGGAAAAGGAAAUGCAACAUUUUUUUUGACUGGAUAAUUCCAACAAAUCACCACCUCACAUCAGUUUCUAAAUAGAGACAGGGGUUGGCUUUCUUUUAAAUGAUAGCUUAACUCUCAAAUCCAUGAAUUCAAUAUUAUUAUUAUUAUUUUAUAGGAGGAGCAGACGUUGUCUGAAAAUGACAGCUACGUUCUAAAGCCUCACUUACACUUACCAUAAGCACUCCGUUGCACCGGAUGUCAUUAAUUUGAAUGGGGACCGUCCACAACGGAGUAGAAUCGCAACGCCCCGUUGCGAUUUGAAGGCUCCGUUGCGAGACGGACGCGGCAUACUUUGAAUUUUUCAGUCUGGCCAGAGUCCGUCAAAGAACAGGAAGUUACCAAACUACAAAAGUAGUGAAAAUAUGUGGUUUUUGACGAUGGGGUUUAUGAGAUGCUAGUAACUUGUAAACAAUUACCCAUUCCUAUAAGUUAGUUUAUUGUGAUGGUAAUGACGUUUGCGUGUAACGGAGUGCUCAUGGGUAAUAUGAACAAGGCUUAAGUUCCACUACGGACUGGAUCGAGUAUGACAAAAACACUGGUAUUAAACCGAAGUUCAGUUUUUUAAGCAAUCGAUUUUGUGAGGUCAUGACGACUAGAAACAUUUUAUGCUAACGUCACCAAUUGGGGGUUUGAAUGCAACAUUGGACUGAUAUUCCUUCUCUGUGUUGCUCAUUAGUAGUGGUGCAGCAGGUUACUGCUUCGUGGAGCUGACCGAUGAAGCCACAGCUGAGAGGUGUCUUCGUAAAGUCAAUGGAAAAGCACUACCAGGAGCCACACCAGUAAAUAUACCAUUUAACAAAGCUACUUGGAUGUUAUGGAUUCUAGCAAGCGUCCCAAAUGGCACCCUAUCCCCUAUAUAGUUCACUACUUUUGACCAGAGCCUAUUGGGAUGCAGACCUAGAUUGUAACAUGCUGCCUUUUGGUGACUUGAGCCAAACAGAAGAUCUGUAUGCAAUUUGCCACAUUUUAGCUUUUGUAUACAUUUAAUGCAUAUUGUCAUCAUGUUGUAAAUGAACGUUUAAGGGAAGCCUUUUUGUACUUCACAGCCUAGAAGAUUCAAGUUAAACCGGGCCACCUUUGGGAAGCAAGGAGAAAGCGGGUAUAUCAACAAGCUUGAUUGUAAGUCAAACUAUAUGUCAUGAGAUGCCAUAUAGAAACAUUGGAAAUGAACAACUCCUUUUCUCUCUCCGCUGCAGUCCACUCUACUCUCUGUUCGUUGGAGAUCUCACACCUGAAGUGGAUGACGGGAUGCUGUACGAGUUCUUCUACAACCGCUAUCCAUCCUGUCGCGGGGGGAAGGUGGUGCUGGACGGCACGGGAAACUCCAAGUGAGUCCAGGAGGAUAUUAUAAUCACUAUAGCUGGGUUUCCAUACAUCCAGGUUUAUGUGAUAUGAUGGCAUGUGAAUACAGUUGACAAGGCUAUUUCCACUACCACUGCAUUCACUACAUCCACUGUUACUAUUCCACUAACGGCUGUCCUACGACUAUUUAUAAUAUGGUCACUACUUUUGCACUAACAAUUUAAAUGUCUAAACUUCUUUCCACUACCCAAAAAAGUAUUCACAGCUGAAGCGUUGUAGUUAUUUACUUACUUGCUUGUCUGAAUGUUUCUCUUGUCUCCAGGGGUUGUGGGUUCGUCCAGUUCCCAGACCAGAGGCUUCAGAAGCUGGCUCUGGAGGAGUGUCAGGGAGCGGUGGGGCUCGGGAGCAAGGCACUACGACUGAGCCUAGCUGCUAACAAGUGAGUUACACUUCAGUUCAGUUCUUACUGUUACACUUCUAUAAGCCGUCUCCAGACUCUCGUUCUUCAUUCGUAAAACCAGGGUUGUAGCAUAACCCAUUUGUUUUCCAAAUCACUUUUUACAGCCUACAGUGAGGGGAAAAAAGUAUUUGAUCCCCUGCUGAUUUUGUACGUUUGCCCACUGACAAAGACAUGAUCAGUCUAUAAUUUUAAUGGUAGGUUUAUUUUAACAGUGAGAGGCAAAAUAACAACAACAAAAAUCCAGAAAAAUGCAUGUCAAAAAUGUUAUAAAUUGAUUUGCAUUUUAAUGAGGGAAAUAAGUAUUUGACCCCUCUGCAAAACAUGACUUAGUACUUGGUGGCAAAACCCUUGUUGGCAAUCACAGAGGUCAGAUGUUUCUUGUAGUUGGCCACCAGGUUUGCACACAUCUCAGGAGGGAUUUUGUCCCACUCCUCUUUGCAGAUCUUCUCCAAGUCAUUAAGGUUUCGAGGCUGACGUUUGGCAACUCGAACCUUCAGCUCCCUCCACAGAUUUUCUAUGGGAUUAAGGUCUGGAGACUGGCUAGGCCACUCCAGGACCUUAAUGUGCCUCUUCUUGAGCCACUCCUUUGUUGCCUUGGCCGUGUGUUUUGGGUCAUUGUCAUGCUGGAAUACCCAUCCACGACCCAUUUUCAAUGCCCUGGCUGAGGGAAGGAGGUUCUCACCCAAGAUUUGAUGGUACAUGGCCCCGUCCAUCGUCCCUUUGAUGCGGUGAAGUUGUCCUGUCCCCUUAGCAUAAAAACACCCCCAAAGCAUAAUGUUUCCACCUCCAUGUUUGACGGUGGGGAUGGUGUUCUUGGGGUCAUAGGCAGCAUUCCUCCUCCUCCAAACACGGCGAGUUGAGUUGAUGCCAAAGAGCUCCAUUUUGGUCUCAUCUGACCACAACACUUUCACCCAGUUCUCCUCUGAAUCAUUCAGAUGUUCAUUGGCAAACUUCAGACGGGCAUGUAUAUGUGCUUUCUUGAGCAGGGGGACCUUGCGGACGCUGCAGGAUUUCAGUCCUUCACGGCGUAGUGUGUUACCAAUUGUUUUCUUGGUGACUAUGGUCCCAGCUGCCUUGAGAUCAUUGACAAGAUCCUCCCGUGUAGUUCUGGGCUGAUUCCUCACCGUUCUCAUGAUCAUUGCAACUCCACGAGGUGAGAUCUUGCAUGGAGCCCCAGGCCGAGGGAGAUUGACAGUUAUUUUGUGUUUCUUCCAUUUGCGAAUAAUCGCACCAACUGUUGUCACCUUCUCACCAAGCUGCUUGGCGAUGGUCUUGCAGCCCAUUCCAGCCUUGUGUAGGUCUACAAUCUUGUCCCUGACAUCCUUGGAGAGCUCUUUGGUCUUGGCCAUGGUGGAGAGUUUGGAAUCUGAUUGAUUGCUAAUUUGGACAGGUGUCUUUUAUACAGGUAACAAACUGAGAUUAGGAGCACUCCCUUUAAGAGUGUGCUCCUAAUCUCAGCUCCCUACCUUUAUAAAAGACACCUGGGAGCCAGAAAUCUUUCUGAUUGAGAGGGGGUCAAAUACUUAUUUCCCUCAUUAAAAUGCAAAUCAAUUUAUAACAUUUUUGACAUGCGUUUUUCUGGAUUUGUUUGUUGUUAUUCUGUCUCUCACUGUUCAAAUAAACCUACCAUUAAAAUUAUAGACUGAUCAUUUCUUUGUCAGUGGGCAAACGUACAAAAUCAGCAGGGGAUCAAAUACUUUUUUCCCUCACUGUAUAUACUGUCCACUGCAUGACCAAAAGUAUGUGGACACCUGCUCGUCGAACAUCUCAUUCCAAAAUCAUGGGCAUUAAUAUGGAGUUGGUCCCCCCUUUGCUGCUAUAACAGCCUCCACUCUUCUGGGAAGGCUUGCCACUAGAUGUUGGAACAUUGCUGCGGGGACUUGCUUCUAUUCAGCCACAAGAGUAUUAGAGAGGUCGGGCACUGAUGUUGGGCGAUUAGGCCCGCAGUCGACGUUCCAAGUCAUCCCAAAAGUGUUCGAUGGGGUUGAGGUCAGGGCUCUGUACAAGUGUUUAGAAACAUCUACUAUUCUUAUUUACAAUAAAAGUGACUCCAAAAUGACACAAUACAUAAUUUACCAUUCAUUUCUAUUGGGCACAAAAUGUAUUCACUAACUGUAAGUCGCUCUGGAUAAGAGCGUCUGCUAAAUGACUAAAAUGUAAAUGUAUGGGUAGAGUUAAAGUGACUAUGCAUAGAUAAACAGAGUAGCAGCAGCGUAAAAGAGGGGGUGUGGUGGGGGGGACAAUGCAAUAGUCCGGGUAGCCAUGAUUAGCUGUUCAGGAGUCUUAUGGCUUGGGGGUAGAAGCUGUUAAGAAACCUUUUGGCUGUUGUUGCUCACUGAGCUCUUCAGUAAGGCCAUUCUACUGCCAAUGUUUGUCUUUGGAGAUUUUAUACACUUGUCAUGUGGCUGAAAUGGCUGAACCACUAAUUUGAAGGGGUGUCCACAUACUUGUGUAUAUAGUGUAUGUUUAGCUGUAUUUGUAUAUCCAAUAUUGUUUCACUAUUCCCCUCCUCAGUCAAGAAGACCUGAGCAGAGUAUCUUUCCCCCAAAAUAUCAGUUUUUCAACUCCUAAAGAGAUGGGUUUAAUCAUUGUCCGAUUCCUCGGUUCCCAAUAAUCUCUCUCUCUCUCUCUCUUUCUCUUUCUCUUUCCUUCCUUCCUUUAGAACGCGUCAUAAUCAAUCAGACAACAGGGGGUGGGGGUCACAUGGAGGAGGCUACAGACACAACCAUAAUCAAUACAAUCAACAGCCGUACGGUGGUGGAUGGGGCUCAUGGGGCUACGACCAGAAUGGAGGCAACUAUGACGGCUACAACUAUAACCAGUAUGAUUACACUCAGAAUCCUGUACAGGUAAGAUUGCUGCUCUGCUUCCCCUUUGCUGGAGAUAUGUUACGUAGCUCAACGUCACUACUUCUUCAUAGACAUGCGAUGUUACCGACCUUGUGUUUUCCUUCGACUUUUCAAUAUACACAGUCAGUCUAUUAACCGACUCAUUUAACGUUUCAGGAAAAUGAAGCUGAUGAAGAUGAUGGUCUGGAAGGUUAGUGUUUUUGUUUUUCUACUCCUUUUUCUCCAGACUAGUGUGGCCAAUGAUCUAUGAGGAAUGUAGGUGGUUCUUAAUGAACAUAGAUUGAUGUACUGCACGUUCCAAGGUUUUAACAGUACAUGUCAUUAGCGGAGGCGAGUCGGACUCAUGCUUUUGUCUUGAGGUAGCUCUGCCUGCAACUUCAGAAUCAUUGUCGCCCUCGACCCAAGGGGGGGGGGUAAUUUCCUCUAGAUCUAAUGGUUAAGGCGUUUGUUUCCCGAGCGGGAGACUGGGGUUCAGAUCCCACCUGUGACCGCAGCAGGGAUCAAAUCGUCACUGGCUGCCUUUCCCUCCAUUGUAGAUCCUAACCCAGAGCUGGAUGUGGUGGAAGCCAACAGGAAGUUUAUGGAACACAGCGAGGAACUGUAUGAUGCCCUUAUCGAGUGCCACUGGCAACCCUUGGAAUCCUCGGAACAGGCCUUUGGAACCACGAGUAGCCUUCCAGAACCUGUCUACUGUUGA